AUGGCCUCUUCUACCCGUGCCAUGGCCAAGAUGCCUCUGGCCAAGUUUCACGUCGUGGUUCCCGGCGGCGGUGCUGCCGCUCGCUCUGCCACGUCGUCGUCGCGUGCCCUGUCGACGCUGGGGAAGGGCAAGGCCGACAGUUUCCGUGCUGCUGCCAGGCCGUCGACCGUCCUCAAGCUCCCCAGCACCGGCCGCAUCGCCUUCCGCAGGUCCUACGCCGACGAGGCCCCCAAGCCCACGGCCGCCCCCAAGAAGCAGGCUGGCAAGGUCCGCCGCACGCUCCGAUGGAUCUGGCGCCUGACGUACCUGUCUGCCCUCGGUCUCGUCGGCUACACCGGCUACGUCAUCUACCUCGACCACAACCCGGCUCCUCAGCUGCCGCGCGACCCUACCAAGAAGACGCUCGUCAUCCUGGGCACCGGUUGGGGCUCCGUGGCCCUUCUCAAGAAGCUCGACACGGAAAAGUACAACGUCAUCGUCGUGUCGCCGCGCAACUACUUCCUCUUCACGCCGCUGCUCCCGUCCUGCACGGUGGGCACGGUGGAGCACCGUUCCAUCAUGGAGCCGAUCCGCACGAUCCUGCGGCAGAGGCGCGGCGCGGUGCAGUACUACGAGGCCGAGGCGUCGUCCAUCGACCCGGAGCGCAAGGUGGUCAGGGUGUCUGACAACUCCGAGGUCAAGGGCACGGUGGCGGAGACGGAGAUACCGUACGACAUGCUGGUGGUGGGCGUGGGUGCGGAGAACGCGACGUUCGGCAUCCCCGGCGUGCGCGAGAACAGCUGCUUCCUCAAGGAGAUUGGCGACGCGCAGCGGAUCCGCAAGAAGUUCAUGGACUGCGUCGAGACGGCGGCCUUCAAGGACCAGACCGAGGACGAGAUCGACCGGCUGAUGCACAUGGUGGUGGUGGGCGGCGGCCCCACCGGCGUCGAGUUCGCCGGCGAGGCCCAGGACUUCUUCGAGGAGGACAUCAAGAAGCUGGUGCCCGAGAUCAGCGGCCGCUUCAAGGUGACGCUGAUCGAGGCCCUGCCCAACGUGCUGCCGUCCUUCUCCAAGCAGCUGAUCGAGUACACGGAGAACACGCUGCGCGAGGAGAAGAUCGACAUCAAGCUCAAGACCAUGGUCAAGAACGUGACGGCCGAGGCCGUCGAGGCCGAGAUCAGCAAGCCCGACGGCACCAAGGAGCGCAUCCGCAUCCCCUACGGCCUCCUCGUCUGGGCUACCGGAAACGCCGUCCGGCCCGUCGUCCAGGACCUGAUGGCCCGCAUCCCGGCCCAGAAGGACUCGCGCCGCGGCCUGGCCGUCAACGAGUACCUCGUCGUCCAGGGCGCCCGCGACAUCUGGGCCGUCGGCGACUGCGCCGUCGCCGGCUACGCCCCCACCGCCCAGGUCGCCUCCCAGGAGGGCAACUUCCUCGCCCGCCUCUUCAACAACAUGGCCCGCACCGAGGCCCACGAGGCCCGCAUCGCGGAGCUCAGCGCCAGCCUCAACCUCCAGGGGCCCAAGGGCACCCCCGCCCCCGAGGCCGCGCGCGAGAUCGAGAGCCUCGAGCGCCAGCUCUCCAAGAUCCGGGACGUCAAGCCCUUCCGCUACACCCACCAGGGUUCCCUGGCCUACAUUGGCAGCGACAAGGCCGUCGCCGACGUCAUCUGGUGGAACAGCAACGUCGCCACCGGCGGCAGCAUGACCUACCUCUUCUGGCGCAGUGCCUACCUCUCCAUGUGCUUUAGCACUCGCAACCGUAUCCUCGUCAUUCUCGACUGGCUCAAGUCCAAGACCUUCGGCCGCGACGUUUCCCGCGAAUAA